CAAGGUUAACGAACUCUUAAUGGGUCAGUCUCACCGGUGAAGUAGCUUUCCUGGUGUGAUGAGGGAAAGCAAAGAAAUGGCGAGCAGCGAUAGGAAGACACCUGCCAGCUUUGAGUCUGGCAGUACUGAGGUCUGUUGGCUGGCAGAUCACAGUUCCUUUUGCAGGAAGCCUAGAGGGAAAUACAGCUUCUCCUUCUCACAACUACCUUUUCUCCAGCCUUCAGUGGGAGUCUCUGCAAUGGUUCUUGGGCUUUAGAUGAAUGCAUUCAGAUAGUUAGCUUUCCAAAAAUGUAGUGUAUGUGAAGAAUACAUCACUUCAGUGGACUCAGACUCACCAGCUGAGCAUGCUUUGAUACAAGGACGUAUAGAACAGCAGUAUCUGUUAAUAGAAGAAGAUAAUCUGUUUUCUUUCUCCUUACAUAUGAGAUCUCUGCCUAAUUAACAGCUGUAAUGCUUGCAAAAUUUAAGAGCCUUCUGGCUUAGAUAUUUUUGAUAUAACAUCACUUUUAAAAUAUUAGUCUCUGGUUCUGUGCAUACUAAACGGGUUACAUCCAAAAGACUUCCAUCUGGGGAAAAAGGAGGCAAUGUACCAUUAAUAACCCAGCUGCAAACCUCAAAUUCUCUGUCCCAUACAUACACCCAAAAGGCAGAGAACAGAAAUUUGAGUGCAUCUGUAAGUAAUAAAAUGUUACCUUCCAUGUGUCAGUUACUCCUUGCUCUUCUGAGUUUCAAACAGCCAUGACAGCCAUCGUAGAUGUUACUUCUUCACUGCUUCUCACACCAGCUUUCUUGGCUUCAUCCCCAUGGCAUAAGUCUUCAACAUCUUACUCCUAAAUCACCCUCACGUAAUGGGAGGACUGACUGUAACAGCAGGACUGGAAAAGGGAAAUGGAGAGCAGAUUUGACCUCUGAUAAAGAUUUAUACCUUGACAACAGCUCUGUUGAAGAAGCAUCAGGCGUCUAUCCAAUUGAUGAUGAUGAUUAUUCUUCUGGGUCAGGUUCAGGUGCUGAAGAAGAUGAGGAUAGUGCAGUGAUAACAACAUCCAGAACGCUUCCAAAGUUACCGACAACUAGUGAUGCAUCUAGGGCUGAGACCACCACGGUGAAAAUGCAGACCAAGGUGCCUGCACAAACAAAGUCACCUGAAGAAAUUGAUAAAGAGGAAAGGCCCGAGACAGGUGCCAAGAAGAAGAGUGAUGAGCCAGGGGAUGACACCGACGUGUUCACUGAGAAGCAUUCAGAAAACCUCUUCCAGAGAACAGAAGUUCUGGCAGCUGUUAUUGCUGGUGGAGUUAUUGGUUUUCUUUUCGCAAUCUUCCUUAUCCUGCUGCUGGUAUAUCGCAUGAGAAAGAAGGAUGAAGGCAGUUACGACCUUGGUGAACGUAAACCAUCCUGUGCUGCCUAUCAAAAGGCACCUACUAAGGAGUUUUACGCAUGAAAUUCCUAUUUAGUGUCUCUAUUUAUGAGAUCACUGAACUUUUUUAAAUAAAGCUUUUGCAUAGAAUAAUGAAGAUUUUUUUUUUGUUUUUCAUUAAAGAGCCAUUACGGCACCUUUAUGAUAAAAUCCCAUUGUAUUUAAAACUUUCCAUGUAUUCCUUUAAAAAUGUAAAAUUAAAACUUAACAUUUGCAGUGUUCUGUGAAUAACAGUGGCAAAGCAUUAUUUUAUAAAACCAUUGAUGUUCACUGAAUCAUUUUUAAAACUUUAUGCAUAAAUAUAAAAUAAUGAAAAUUAUUGUUUUAUCCUAUGGUUCAAUGAAAGUUGUUUAAUUUUUGUCGGCAUGUCUCAGAUUGAUCUUACAAGUUAGUUCUUAUUUCAUUAAUUUAUCUGUUUCCACAAAAUGCCUUUUUGUAGUUGUCAUGGUGCAAUUUGUCUUCAGAUAAUUCAGAUAACAGUAACUUUUAGUGUAAAUGUAAUUUUUCAGCUAUGUAAACUUUAACCUCCACUUUGUAUAAAUUUGUGUCAGGAUAUCAAUUUUACACUUUGCAUUGUUUCUCAGCGUACCUGUAGCUUCAGUGAGAUUUGUAACAGCAAAUUAAUGUGUAAAAUUGGAUUAUUACUACAAACUGUAUAGUCGUAUUCUUACUAAACAAAUCUCCUGUGAGGAAGAUUUGGAGUAAGCUACUGACAAACCUAAGCAAACCCAAAGACUCUAACAGUAUUUUGAGAAGUUGCUGCAGAUUUCUAUGGCCACUGUAUUUGUUAAUUAUUUGCAAUCUGAAGGUACAAGUAGGGGUUUAAAUUUUUGUUCUUUAAAAAUGCAUUUAAGUUGUAAACGUCUUUUAAAGCCUUUGAAGUGCCUAUGAUUAUAUGUGACUUGUCGCAGACUGGUGUUAAUGAGUAUAUAACAGUAAAAGAAAAUGUUGGUAUUUUAUAAGCACAGACAAUUCUAAUGGUAACUUUUGUAGUCCUACAUGGAUAGACAUAAUUGUAAUUUGGGAACAUAAACACUACUGAAUAAAUCAUGUGGCCUAAUACUGAGAAUUCCAUUGUGAUAUAAUUUUGUAUGCUUUUCAUUUUAUGUCUACAUGCUUAUGUUUUAAUGUCACAGAAUACAACUAUUAGCUCUUCAAAAUCCAGACAAAAAAAAAAAAAAAAAAAAAAAAAAAGCCUGUUGAUCAUGCUGAUCCUUGGACCAGAUGUAUUGCUGAAGUGGUGGAGAAAAGCAGGAAUGUUUAAGUCUUGCAUCUGGUGUAUGAGUUAUGAGUCUUUUGACCUUUGCAUAAUAUUUAAUGGCAGUAUUGACACAGACCUAUUCUUCCUGCAAAUGUUGUUUUCCGUACUGUAAAAUUCAAAGGAGUACCUGGGUUCAUUUAUUGUGUAUAUUGGUUUUUGAUUUGUUGUUUGGGUUUGUUUUUUCCCCAUCCUUUUGGAGAAUUUGGGUUUAUUCUACUCGGACUCCGGCAGAAGAGUUGACAAGUGGAAUAUCUUCAUAGAGAAGAAAGAAAUAUUCCGAGUAGAAGAGAAAAGGCUUUGUUGCUUAGACCUCAGAUAGGUGUUGGAUAGAGGGACACAUGGAGAAGACGAUAGUCUGCCUCCUUAUAUUAUGCUUUGUAACAGACAAAUGGCUUCGUCUUCUGCUCUGUUAACCUCCUCAUUUUUUAUUUUUGAGAUUUCCAAACUGUAGGUGUUCAGGAUGUCAAGCUGAACUGCUUCUCAGAAAUGGCAAUGUAUUGUAAAUAAGAUCUGGUAGCUCUUCAGAUAAGAGUUGCGUAACUUGUAUUUGUUGCUGUCCCAAGUUCAGUGGUCAUUUAGGAACAAACAAAUGCUAUCCUGUGCUAAAAUAUUUAAUAUAUUGCUUUUUAAAUUACUUAUACUUACUGGCAAGUUUUUCAAAGCCAUAAAAGUUCAACAAGUAAAAACAGGGUAAGAAUUUAACAGGUAUAUCUUAUUGUGCAAUAUUUAGUGAAAUUCAAUUAGUAAAAUAACUGCUUGAAAUAACUGUGCCAAGAAAAGAAAAUUUCUGGCAAAUGCUGUGCCACUGCUGUAAAAUAAAGCAUUUGUUAAAGUGCCAAAAUAAAGUCUACCAUGCCUAAACUAA